AUGUCGUAUUAUGUAUUGUUUCCCAUUAUCAUACAUUGUUGUAUUUGGCAUGCAUCCAUAGAUCGGCGACUGCCUCUUCACCAACUCGGUUACUACUUCAUUGUCGACUUGGCAACUACUUCACUGGCAGGGCGGCGACUGCCUCAUCACCACCUUAGCGACUGCUUCAUUUACCAACUUGGUGACUACUUCGGGUUGGCGAUUGCCUCCUUCACUAGCAUCAUGAAUAACGAUAUGAGCACAGCUUCGUCCGAUGGAGCGGAAAGAUGCGAGAUCUGCUGGGAUAAACACCCAUCCAGCGAGUUUGUGGACCUUCCGUGCACCUUUGGCCACCGCUUUGGAAGUGCCUGCGUCACUCGCUGGCUGUCCCAGCUGAAUAACAGCCGACGCCCGGGCUGUCAAUGUCCAAAGUGCCGGGAGGACCUGGUGUACGACGAAUGCGAGCAUUUCCUCGAGGCCCGCCGUGUCGCCUCGGACGAACGCAACUUAAUUGUGUAUGAACUCGGCCUAGUGGUUUGUCUGAAGUGUCGCGACAGGGCACGCGGUCUGAGACGCAUGAAAUUGCGUAGGGCCUACAAGAAAGGUCAGCCUUGUUGGGAUUAUUUGCAGCCGGGUGACCUGUUGCCAGACGAACUUCUAGAAGAGUUUACGCCUGAGGAGUACAAGGAGAAGUUCAAGGAAGCUAGAGCGGAGCAUGCCAGGGCCAUUCAAGACUUGAGAGACAAGACUGCUGAGAUGGCACCUGGUCUCGACAUGGAAAAGGAUGAGAGAGGCUGGAUGAAAUAUUGGGAUAUGAGGAGCCGCAUCAUGGAAUACGACCGCAUUGAGACCCCUCACCCGGGUGAUAUUGGUGCGACUCAUACAUUCUUUGGCAUCGUCGAGGGCGAAUCUGACGACGAUGGCGAUGACUAUGAAGACGAUAAUAUCAUUGACGACGAUAUCAACAUUGAUGGUGAUGAAAACGACGACGUUAUUGACGAGGGAGACGGUGAAGAUGAAUUUGUGGACAUUCGUACUGAUGACGAUGAUACCGAGGUACCUGAUGAACCUAACGAGUCUGACGAGCCCGACGAGCCCGGCCAGGAGUGA